CUCUCUGUUUAAGGAGGAAGGUUGAUAUCGUCACUCGGUCCCGUGUCUCGGAUCCAAACGCUUGGCCCUCAGUGAAGCUGCGUAUUUUCUUGUAGUUGCGUAACUCAAGAGUUUACAAACAACUAUGGGAACUGGAGUGGGAAGUAGUAAUAGUCAGCCUUGAUCUUAAAGUGUCAUGGCAAACGAGGAACUUCCUCUUUAAUCGUCCGUGGUAAUUGUAAGCUGUACUGAAGUCGCGUCUUUUUUUUUUUUUUUUUUUUCUUUUCGCAAAGCCUGGGAAUAUUUGGGUGUCAAGGUCUCAGAGGGAACCGUGCUGCCCGUGAUCCGGUGGAUUUUAAAGCAGGAAUGGCCACCGCCAGGCUUGAUUACGUUGCUCCGUGGUGGACGUACUGGCUGCACAAUUUCCCGCACUUGAGUUUCUUUUUCCAGUCGGUCGACAACACCUUCAGACCGGAGGAGGCGAGCUAUCAGCAGUCUCUGAUAUUAAUAGCAUGUGCGGCUGCAGUGGGUCUCGCUCUGAGCCUGCUAAUUCUGGCAGUAUAUCUGGUCUGCCUGUGCUGCUGCCGCAAGGACAUAGAAGAAGACACCAAAAGACCCGAUACCUGCUGUGUCACCUGGGCUGCCGUCAUCACAGGUCUCAUCAUAUGUUCUGCUGUGGGGGUGGGUUUCUAUGGAAACAGUGAGACCAACGAUGGGGUUUUCCAGCUGACCUACUCACUCUACAAUGCCAAUCAGACAUUUGGUGGCAUCAACAAUCUGGUUGCAGGAUCUCUUGGCAAUGCGGAAACUGGACUCAAACAGCACCUGGAACGGCUGGAUGAGAUCUUUGCUACAAGGGCCGACUACCUCCAAGCUCUUCGCUUCAUGCAGCUCAUGGUCAACAAUGUCAUCCGCGAGCUAACUACUCUGCCAGACAUCAGCAAAGCCAAUGCUGACUUAGCAGCCAUUGCUGACCAAACAGCCUUCAUUGAGUAUUACAGAUGGCUGACCUAUCUGCUGCUGCUGAUCCUGGAUUUGGUCAUCUGCUUGGCCUUGUGCUUGGGGAUAGCUAAGCAUGCUCGAUGGCUGCUGAUCACGAUCAUGGCUUUUGUAAUGCUGUCUCUGAUCCUGAGCUGGGCCUCACUGGGAGCGGGCACUGCUACAGCUGUGGGCACCAGUGACUUCUGUGUGUCUCCAGACAAGUUUAUUGUCAACAAAACCAGGGAUUUGAUCAGUGCAGAUGUUGCACACUAUUAUUUGUUCUGCAGUCCGAAUCUACCAAACCCCUUCCAACAGUCUUUGACAAUCUGCCAGCGUUCUCUGACCACCAUGCAAAUCCAGAUCCAGGGUUUGCUGCAUUUCGCGGUGCCCGUCUUUCCCACUGCUCAGAGAGACCUUUUGGGGAUCCAGCAGCUGUUGAACUCCACCGAGUUCAGUCUACACCAGCUAACAGCCUUGCUUGACUGCCGCGGGCUACACAAGGACUACCUGGAUGCCCUUAUGGGUGUGUGCUAUGAUGGGGUGGAAGGGCUCCUCUACCUCUCUUUGUUUUCUCUGCUGGCCGCCUGUGCACUCUCUGCCAUGCUGUGUGCGAUUUUCCGAGUGUGGACACUAAUGGGCAGCAGGGACAAAGAGUACGAUGACAUAGAUGAGGAGGACCCGUUCAACCCUCAAGCACGGAGGAUGUCCUACAACCCCAGAAGGUCCAACAUCCACAGUUUCUGUAGCUAUACCAGCAGCCUCGGCAGCCAGGCCAGCCUUCAUCCACCUCCACAAUCUGCUUCUAAUGCCAUGCCACCCCCUGAAUACAUGAAUCAGUCCAUGCUGUUUGGAGGGAGCCCUCGAUAUGAGAACGUACCACUGAUAGGGAGAGGAUCCCCGCCUCCCUCGUAUUCGCCCAGUAUGAGGACCACCUAUCUAUCUAUGACUGAUGCCCAGAUCAGACACUUUGGGACUGACUUCCAGGUGUAGCCUUCUACCCACUGAAUCCCUAUUCAGAGAGGCACUGUAUGAGACUCUGGGUUCUUACCAAGGAGGCUGUCUUCAUGGCAUAAUCCUGUUUACGGGAGCUGCAGCCCGCUGUCCAAAUCUGAGACAUGAAAGCAGGCCAUAUGAGGCAAUUACCUCAGUAACACACCCAUGCAGUGCUCUGAAAGCCCUGCAUGCAGUUUUGAACAGAGGGUUGCCUGUACAGGAUCAUCUCAAGACUGUUAUUGUUGUCAUGAUGUGUGGAAAUACUGCUGCUCAAAUUAAGAGCCUUUGAACUGAAUGGAUCAAAAAAUGCCUUUUUGCUUUUCCUAUAUUCUGGUAGCCUGCAUGGAUAUGAUCAUAAACAUGGUCAGUAUUUUGAUGUGAAGUGAGAUGUUGGGGUAUGACUAAUGCUCAGACCAUCCAUCAGGACAUUUGCUUUUUGAAAAGUCCCUACUGUUUGGAAGUAAUUGAAUUCCUUCUAAUUUCAGGCCUUUGUGUAAUUUUAAAAAUGCCAGUGAAAACCAUAACAAAUAUUGUAGUUUUUCUGUGAACAGCCAAAGAUGCUGCUCAGUUGAUAUUUCUGAUCAUUAUUUUUUUUUUCUCUUUCUAGAUGUGUAAUUGCUACAUUUAAGCAUCUCUUGGUUCUUGUUGUAACACUGGAUUGCAAUGUAUGACCUGGUUAUGAAGGAUGAGUCAAAUAGUCACAGAUGAGGGGUUUAUUGUUGUGCUAGACUGUACUGCAGUUGCAUGUGGGAAAAUUGCCUUUGACCAAAUAAGCACAGCAGAAUGGGAUCUGACUCCCAUCCAGGCAUUUAUAACUGUGCCUUGAGACAAUCACAGCAAAAAAGACAAUUAAAACAAAACUGUCAGUACUUUUAUUUGCUGUGUUAUAAUAAUAUUGCAUUUUGAAAUACUCAGUAGAAUAAAAAAACCCAGCACCACUAGUUAUGAAACAUGAAUCAAAUGUCCAGAUUUGAUUGAAGUUUUUUUUUCUCAGAUCCAUCUAUCCUCAAUAUCUUGUGAAUGUGAAACAGUUCUUUACAUUUUGGAGAACUCUGCUGUAUGCUGUUAUCUAAAUUGGAUGACAUAUCAAACUAAAAUAAUGUUGGACCAUAAAACGCUGUAUGCAACCUUGUGUGCUAUUGUGUCAUUCUAUUCUAUUUUAACGUUGUUUAUUCUUUUAUUCUGACUCUGAUGGCCUAGAAAGACCUGUAGUAAUGGUAAUAGGGUAUUUUGGAUUUUGAGCGUCCCGUACCUGGUGUUGUUAU